GCCCUUCCUCUGGUAGUUCAGCCGCAGGAGGAGGGACGGCUGCUUCCAGAAGCUCUGCUUGGAGUCUGUUAUAUACAUAUGUAUAUAUUUAAAUUGGAGAGUGAGCAGUAUAAACGGGACGAGGGGUGUGCUUUCCCCCCACUCCUUUCUUCCGUCCCGUAUUUUGCUGCUUCGGUGCGCCCCUAGAAAGGAUCCGCGAUCAGAGACAGUUGCCUGAAUUCAUCAGGAUGCACAGAACCACCAGGAUAAAAAUCACAGAGCUGAACCCUCACUUAAUGUGUGCCUUAUGUGGAGGCUAUUUUAUAGAUGCCACAACUAUUGUGGAAUGCUUACAUUCAUUUUGUAAAACCUGCAUUGUCCAUUACCUGGAAACCAACAAAUACUGCCCAAUGUGUGAUGUACAAGUUCAUAAAACAAGGCCUCUUCUCAGUAUCAGAUCAGAUAAAACUCUACAGGAUAUAGUAUAUAAGCUGGUGCCAGGACUCUUCAAAGAUGAAAUGAAGAGGCGACGUGAUUUUUAUGCAGCAUAUCCCCUGGCAGACGUUCCCAAUGGAUCCAAUGAAGACAGGGGUGAAGUUUCAGAACAGGAGAAAGGGAAUCUAACUGAUGAUGAAACUGUCAGCUUAUCCAUAGAAUUCUAUGAAGGAAUCAGAGACGAAAAUAGAGGGACUGUUGAAAAUGGAAACACAGAAAAAGAUAAGAAGAACAGCAUGAGAUUCCUCCGAUGUCCUGCUGCUAUGACUAUCAUGCACCUGGCAAAGUUCCUCCGGAACAAGAUGGAUGUUCCCACCAAAUACAAAGUGGAAGUUCUCUAUGAAGAUGAACCUCUAAAAGAAUAUUACACUCUCAUGGACAUAACUUAUAUCUAUCCUUGGCGAAGGAAUGGUCCUCUCCCACUGAAAUAUCGUGUUCAACCAGCCUGCAAGAGGUUAAAACUGUCUUCUCAGCCUCCCAACUCAGAGUGUACCAACACCAGUGGGGCUUCAGAGUGUGAAUCUGUCAGUGACAAAGCUCAUAGUCCAGCCACCUUGCCAGCUACCACUUCCUCCUCAUUGCCAAGUCCUGUCACACCUUCCCAUGGCUCCCCAAGCUCCAAUAUCACCACUAAAAUGCAGAAUUGCAGUUGAAAGCUGAAGGGAUACAGUGCCUUCGACUGGCAUAACAUCACUAGCCCUUCGUGUGGAGCAGUUUACAUCAUUAAUCACAAUAUGGUGGCCUUGGCUAAGCACUUAGUUGCUGGAAUAAUAUGUCUUGAAGCUUCACCUUUUAUUUAUAUGCCCUUUCUUACACGUGUCAUGAUGUCACUGUUUUCAGAGUACAUCUUUGCUCUGGUUUUAAAUCUUUUCAGUCUUACAUUUCCCUACCGAACGUUUUGGGGACAGUUUGCACACUAGCAGUUCUUUAUCAGAGAUCUCUUGGCUGUUUGCAGACAUUGGUUCUGAGGACCUGGCUAGAAAUGGGCUAGGGACCAUUCAGAAAAUUGAUUACUUCCAUGUGACUUUCCUAAGCAGAUUUGGCUGACUAAUGUAAUAGGCAAAUGAUUCAUCCAUACAACUCUUCGGCCUUUAUUAGAAAAGUAGUUUUAUAAUCUUGAUAAUUCUUGCUUUUAGAGUUAUGAUACUUGAUAGUGGUAUAAAUUUGUAGUGUAGUAGAACUACCAUAUUAAUUUCCACAAUUUGAAUUCAUGAAAUUCCUGCUGCAAUUCUCAGCAUUCAGUUUAUAGUAUAGUAUAGAUAUUUCUCAAAUUCUGUGGACCUUUGACUGCCUAAAAUAAUUAAUUCAUGGGAUUUCCUCUUCUCCACAAUAAUGUAGUCCCCAACCUACGACCACAGUUGAGCCCAAAAUUUCUGUUGCUAAGCAAGACUGUGAGUUUUGCCCCAUUUUAUGUUUCUUGCCACAGUUGUUAAACGAAUCACUUCAGUUGUGAAGUUAGUAAUAUGAUUUCUAAGUAAAUCUGGCUUCCCCACUGACUUUGCUUGUCACAAAGUCGCAAAAGAGGAUCCCAUGAGCCUGGUUGCACCGCAGCCAUCAUAAAUAUGAACCAGUUGCCAAGCGUCUGAAUUUUGAUCAUAUGAUGCGUCAAUGGUCAUCGGUGUGAAAAAUGGUAAUAAAUCACUUUUUUCAGUCUUGUAACUUUGAACAGUCGCUGAAUAAACUGUUGUAAGUUGAGGACUACCUGUAUUAUUGAUGGUGGUGGAAGCAGCGAUCAUUUUUAUUAGUAGCUACCUAAAACGCUGAGUAUAGUGGUGCAUUCUCUUCCUGGCUUGAAGAGGGCCCCUGACCGUGCAUGUUUUCUCAUCAGUCAUGCACUCUGCUUGGUAUAACUCCUCCCCUCCUGCUUUCCCUAGGAAUUGGAGUUCUGCAAUCUUUGCAUUUCCAGCUUUCCUACUUUUCCACCUUUGGGCAAUCCAGAAAUGUAUAACACACCCCGUUCCCCUGCUCUAAUCCACUUGGUAGUCACAGUGUUAUAAUCAUUGAUUUAACAAGCAGAUGUGUUUGGGGAAUGCCAGAAUUAUUUUAUUCCAGGUUCUUGGAAUGAGAACUAUUUUUUAGUCUUUAUAGAAAUCCAUUCUGCAUUUUUUUAAAAUGUUUGUUUAAUCUUGUAAAUUUGGGUUGGAAAAAUAAAUACAGUGCCUUUCCAAAACAAAUUUUACUAAUAUGCUAAGGUAGUGAAAAGAGAUUUGUGGUUUAAAUUGAUGGGGAUGUGUGGGUGGAAUCUUUGCUUUUGCUAAUUUGUGCUUUAAGACAGCAGAUAGAAAUGCACAGCUUCCAAAGGGAAGAGGUUUCUUCCGCCACUUUCAAUCUUUUCCUUUAGAGAAAAACAUGGUACCUAUAAUUACUCCUCUUCUCCCUCUUCCCAUCUUUUCCCUUCUCUUCCCAGUAGGAAGGGCUAACUAAACACAAGCACAUUUUGUAUUUUUGAAAGUUAAAUCCCAGGGAUUUUGUUUGUUUUUCCUGUAGUUGUUUCUCUGAAAAGCAGCUAUUCGCACAAGUGCAAUCCAUGUUUGGAAAUAAAUUUGCAUGGAUAAGUCAGUUGUACCAGGAGUGUUAGAAAGCAGCUUGCCAUGGGGGCAAAAAGAUGGAAUGGGUCGGAAAAGAAAAGGUGUGUUGAUAGCCUGUGGAGGGUUCCUUUCAGGCCUUUCCUUUUCUAACCUAUACUUGUGAGCCAGAUCAACUGCCAGCACAAGAAAAGCAGUUUUAAACCUGCUCCUACUCUCCAGCUACUAUUUUAAGAGAACUGGUGGAUCUUGCACAACAUGAUGUUUGAAGUAUAGUGUAUUCUUUCCCUUUCGGCUGUUUCUUUAUGGUUGCUCACAGAAUGAGAAGAAAGACUCUCUGCCCUAAGAAGAACCCCCCAAAUUCUCUCUUUUCCACCAGACCCUUCCAGAGGCAAGACUAUAUGGCUGCUUUGCGGUCAAGCUGAUUCUUUCCAUACCUCCUCUUAAUUGUCUCCUUGUUGCUUAUUCUGUCUUCCAAGUAAUGCUGAGCAGUAGCUAUCCUUGAAUUAAUUUUCUUGACUUUUUAAAAUUUAAUGUGUAAAGAAGAGGGGAGUCAAAGUUUUGUGCUUUCAGCAUCAUUUGUGUUAGUGCCAUAAUGUCAAGUGUAAAUGUAUGCAGAGGAAACAUGAUAACAAUGCCAGGCAUAAUCUGUUACUGUGGAAGUGGCAAGUCCCAUGUGAUAUUUAGGGAAAUGGUUUCCGAGCAGGAUGAUUCUAAAAUGAUUCUGUUCACCAGUCCGGUCCAGUCCUUUUUAAAAUAUUUUUAGAAGAACCACCUUUUGUUACCCUAGCAUAACUUUCUGGCAAAUUGUUUUGCAUCUCUUGCCGCUGAGUUGGUAAACUGGAAAAGGCACUGUCUCUCAUUGGGCUGCAUUUAGUCCUGGGGCUUCCAGUUGCUGUCCUAUAUAUUCGUUAAUGUUUUGUCAAAUCAAGGUACUGAAGACUCAGAAGCGGUCUACAGCCGUUUUCCUGAACCCAGUGUAUUGGAUUAUAUGGUCCCCAGCCAACAUUUUGCUUAUUCUAGUGAUCCUUUCUUCUUAUCCUAUUGGCUGAGAGUGAAUUUGGUACUUCCAGGGCAUUAGGGCAUGUUAAAAAGUUGCUGGACUUGGACAUUGGGAAAGUUUUUCUGUCUUUGUAUAUACUGAAUAAACUGACCAAGGCAAUUAAGAUGCCUAAUGUUUUCUUCCCCUUCACUACUUCCUCUUUUUUGUAUUUUUUUUAAUAUGGUACAAACCAAAUUGCUAUGUAUGUUUGCAAACGUAUAUGAUGUUUUAAUGUGCUGUAAUAUAUUCUGAUAUUCAUAUAUUGUUAUUGGUUAAAACAUUUGUAUCAAUAAAGCAGUUUGUAAAUGGUAAUAAAUGAUACAAUUUUGUCCUUCAA